AGUUCAUUUCUCCUAAGUUGGAAGAGUCAGACAAUCAGUACAGAUACCAGAUGGCAGCCCUAGGAGCCCUCUUUUUAUUUGCCAUGGCCUCCCUUGUGCACGGGAAGCCCAUUCAUUCAGACAGAAAAGGAGCUAAAAUCCCUCUGGCAGGAUCUAACCUGGGAUACAAGAAAUCCAGCAAUUCAUAUGGUUCCAGACUGUCGCAGGGUAUGAGAUACCCCCCUUCCAUGAUGCAGUUAUACCAGACUCUGAUUUUGGGGAAUGAUACGGAUCUGUCAAUCCUGGAAUAUCCCAUCCUGCAGGAAUCUGAUGCCGUUCUAAGCCUCAUUGCAAAAAGUUGCGAUGUAGUGGGCAAUCGAUGGACAUUGUCCUUUGACAUGUCUUCUAUAUCGAGCAGCAAUGAGCUGAAAUUGGCCGAGUUGAGGAUCCGCCUCCCUUCCUUUGAAAGGUCCCAGGAUGUUACCGUAGAGAUUUAUCACACCAAGGAUGGUCAGGAGAAUCUUUUCAUGGGAUCCUUUAAGACUAACCCUUCUGUUGCAAUGGGUUCCUCGUGGAAGGUUUUUAAUCUAACUAAGAUGCUCCAGUAUUAUCUCCACCACGGGGAGCCAUUCACAAAUGAUGAAUACAUAGAAGUUAAGAACCUGCACGAGAGAGUCAGGCCACGUGUCAUUAAGAGAGGAGCAAGGACUGAGGCAGAGGAAGGCCUUCAGAGGAAUAAAGACAAUACCCCUGUGUCCAGUUUUCCCACAGACAAAGUUGUGCUGGUAGUGUUCACCAGGGACAAGCCCACUGCUAAUUAUUUUGGCUCUCCCAGUCUCAUCCACACCGUGGAGUCCUCCAAGUAUGUUAUGAGUGAAAGCACAGUCAGGGUGGCAGAUACCAGGAGACACCGGCGCAACCAAAAAACAAAAAACUCCAUAGUCAUGAACACCAUGCCCUCUAGAUACGUUGGAAAAACCCUUUGCAGGAGAGUGGAUAUGAUAGUGGAUUUUGAAAAGAUUGAAUGGGGCGAUCGGAUUGUCUAUCCCAAAAGAUUCAACGCCUAUAGGUGCGAGGGGGCCUGCCCCAUUCCUCUGAAUGAAACCUUCAAGCCAACGAACCAUGCCUACAUCAAGAGUCUGGUCAAGCUGUAUGAUGAAGAGAAAGUUGAAUGUUCCUCGUGUAUCCCUGUAAAGAUGAGCCCACUGUCCAUGUUACUGUACGAAGACGGAGAAGUUGUACUGAAGCAUCACGAGGACAUGAUAGUGGAUGAGUGUGGCUGCAACUGAACUUAGUGACACGGAUAUGUGCAUGGCUGUUCCUUUAUAUCUGCCAUACCCUGCAUCGUGGCCAUGCUGUGUUCCCUGUAUAGAGUGUACAUAGAACAAAAGUCUAUUUUUAUAUAAAGCACAUGAAAAAGUAUUUAUUCUAUUAAGAGUUAUAUAUUGUCUGAGCACUACAAUAAAAUAUUAAA